GUACCUAAAGCGAUCAAAGUUUAUGUAUUAAAAUCUUAAUAUUGCCAGGUUGGUUUUCACAGCUGUUUCACAAGGUAAUAUUAUUAGUUGUAAAUUAUCCUUUGAUCGUAGAUAUUUGCUCCACGUUAUUCUUGUAUUCUAGGACCUACAAUAGAUGUUGCAUAGUACACAAUGGUGUACUAAUGAGCUAUGCGAGAUAGAAAAAUAAUAAUUGGGGGACUACUGAAAUUAUAUUAUUUCAGUGUAGAUAAGGGAAGGGUAGGUUAAAAUAAAAACAUGAUAGCCAGACAAGCUAUCAAACGAUUUGGCACAUAAAUGGAGUGGAAAUUAGCUGAUUUCGUGAUCUGUAAAGUAAAUAACUGUUGUCAAGCAGAUUACACGUUCUUUUCCGAAACGUAGCAAUGUUUAAGACCGAACAUGAAAUCGAAUGUUAACAAGGUACCCAAAAGUAGCUCGAAUUAAUGCUUUCAUUUUAUUAGCUUAAAGCUUGUUAAAACAGCGAAAUUGUCGCGGAAAUCAGCCUUGUUGGCAUAGCGACGAUGACAAUGUCAUUUAGGCCUUAAUGAUCAUCACAGCGUUGAUAAAGCAACUGACGAUAAUAUUUGGCAUGACAGGACCAAAUUGAUUUUGUUAAAAUGUUUGAGUCACUCAGAUAGCAUAAGAACAAGGCAAAAGCCCCCCUCCUCCUCAUAUCUCUGGUAGGGGAAACACUGAAGAUAUCCGUGUAGCGAACAUUCGUGUAAACUCGAGAGAUCAGGCGUUUACAAGGCUACUAUUGACCAGAGCCAAAAGGAGUGUCAGUUGGGAUUGGGCCUGUCAAAGAUCAGCCACAGAGAUGUGAUUGGGAGGUCUCGCCAGAGCUGUAGUGAAUGCAGUGCACACUUGAGCCAUCUCGAUCAUGGACACAGAUUUGUUGGUAAUCUGGAAAUUAAGUUGAAUUAACAACUAAGACUGGUGAAUUUGUAAUUGUUUUCAAGAGCGCGAUCUAGCAGGCGUAUUCUUUAAAUCUGUAUCCUUGAAAUACGCGAUCAUGGUUUUACGGUCAGCAAGCAAUUAUAACACACUGACCUGAGCUAAAUUACAUAAAGAGGAACCACAUUCGUGACAGCCAGAAUAUAAUGAGAGGUAAUUCAAGUAUGUGGUUUUGUUCCUUGGGUUAGUACGAAUCCGAAUAUUACGCAACAUAUUCUAGGACUAUUGUGGAUUCCUAGUCAUUAUGACGUAGCUGUCACAAAUCGUUGAAGAAUCGGGAGGGAUUCAUUUCGUCAGUUGCUGUCAACUUCGAGCAUUACCUGCGUCUUACCAGUGUAUUUUACUUAAUUGUUUCCUUAUCCGUGUCUUCUCGUGAUAUUGAAAAGUCAUUAGCUAGUCUACUUGUUUAUUUUCAAGCAAUUAUUAUUGAACAAGUGUCUUUCUUUUAUUGGGUGAUCAAAGAUCUGCAUCCAUAAAUUCAGCUUGUCAUGGAUGGAAGCUCAAGUUGUGGAUGGCCAUGUGCAGGCGAUAGUUCACCACAGCCCCCCUCCCCUCCUGAGGCCCUCCUGGUGAAGGUGCAGCCUGUCGUGGAUCAAAGCCCAGUGGACACUUCAACACAGAUAUGGACACGGCCCCUCUCCCCCGAAGACCUCCUAACACAGAUGCAGCUGCUCCGCCAAGAGGUUGUGGAGCUUAGUGCUUCUAUCAGCCAAGUUCUGGAUGAACCCGAGAUAAGCUAUUUGGACGCACCGACACCACCUCUCCCUAAAGCCGCCUGGGCCUCCAAGGGUGAGCCUCAGAGGGCCCUGAGCCGGUCCUCCAUCUCUAAGAGUGUGGGCAUGUCAUGGCCGUACUCCAUCUACCCUCACUGUGACCUCAUCGGCCAACCAGUUCCUGAGGAGAAGCCUGUGGUAAUGGUUGACAAGGCUUCCUCAACGCCCAAGAAGAUGUCUUUCUGGAGGAGGCUGGUAUGUUGUUUUGGGAAGAGGAACAAGACUAGAUCCACUAAGAACAACAAGGUCAAGAAGAAGACCAAGGCAAAGGGGGAGAAGACCAAGGUCCAGGAGAAGACCAAGGUGGAGAAGGACACUGCCAUGACCAGGGGAUGUUUCUCCACGUAUUUCAACCUCAUAAAACUGCUCACAAAGUAAUACGACAAACGGGUGAAGAAGUGAACCAGGACUUUUGUCGAAUUGUUUUUCCUAUAGAGUCAGCGGGAAAAACCUGGUUGCCUGAUCCAAAGACAAACACAUCCUAUCCAUCAGGAUAUCCCGAAUGGGAGCGAUCAUAACAUACUUAUCAAGGCUGGGGUGGUUAAUGUUGUUAAUCAUGUUUUCAAUAAAGUUUUCUAAAUGAUC